CUCCGCUGAAAAGUCUUUUCCAGUCAACAUAACUCGCGCGCGCGCGCCAAUCAUUUCAAACUGGAAGGUCAGGAGAAUCGCGAUAAUUUGCACAGAAAUUCUUCAGUAAAAUUGUCUCUAAAAUAACCUAAAAACCAUUCAACGCACUAUCGCACCUAACUGAUAAGAUAAUCAGAGGUAAAUAUUGUGAGUGGGAGAGUAUAAAAGAGUGGCAAGUGAUCGAUUCACUUGCUUGUGAGUUAUCCAUUUGAACAGUGCUUAGUGAGUGCUUCAGUCAAUUUUCCCGCCAGGAAAUCAUGACUCCACCGGAAAUUAUGUAUCCAGCACCACCACCGCCACCACCUACCACUUCUCCCCCUAAAACCCCAACAAACAGCCACCCGGAAAGCACAGGGAGAACAGAUCUCCUGGCAGAUAUUCGCAAUGGAACAACGUUGAAGAAAACACCUCAGGAAAAAUCAUCCAUGAGCACCACUCAAGGCAGAACAUCGCCCACAAUAAAUGGUGUAGUCAAUGGGAAUUCUGCUGAAGAAGCACCAAAGUCGAUAAAAGCCAUGGACAAGGUGCAGGAGGAGUUGUGUGAGCAUUUUAGAGCCAAAGAAAAUGGCACUCUGAAGAAAAAGUCACCGGCUGUGCAGCCCAUUGUUAAGAGACUACUCACCGAAAAGCCCACGGAAUCUGCCCGGAAGGAAGACACUGAGAGACUGAUGCUGGGACAUGGAAAAAGGAAUUUCGUCAUUAAGAAGUCCAUUCAGAAUGGUGGUAGCCAGGAGAGUUCCAAAGUGAUGCCUGAAAGGAAGGAGGAAGUUCAGGAAAUCAGCAAAAUGGCUGUUAGUUUGAAACCUGUUAAAUCUACCGGAGAUUCCAAGGAUCUUGAUAAGAAGGAGGACGUUCAGGAACAGAAGAAAAUAUCCAUGAAUGGGAAACCUCAUGAAUCUUCUGGAGAUGCCCUGGAAAUUGAUAAAAAACAGGAAGUUCAAGAAGUUAAGGGAAUAUCCAUGAAUGGGAAACCUUUUGAAUCCUCCGGGGACUCCCUGGAUGGCAGCAGCGUUGCGUCGGUAAAUUCAAGAGAGGAGACACCUGAAAGAGAAAAUUCGUUAGAGAAAGAGAUUAAGAUCGAGAAGAAACCUCCAGUUCCUGUCCUUCAACCUCUUCAGAUGCCGAAAAAGAGCCCAGAAAUCCUGAGAACCAAGUCAGUGGACAUCACAAAGAUCAUUAAGACUCCCACCACGCCACAGAGUCCGGGCAGGAAGAUGAAUCACGGAAGACCCAAUUUUACCCUCCCAUCGCGGUCAAAGGCUUCUCCCGGAAAUACCCGGCAGAUCCCAGCGGAAUUCUUGACGGUGAAACUCAGAGAAACUCCCAAUAGUCCUUUCCUGGAACCUGUACAGGUCCCCCUGGGGGAUGAAAUGCCUUCUUGUGAAGCCAAUUCCCAGCUGCCACCCUACAGAUCCGCCACAUUGGGCCGGAAGAAGGACAGUCUACCGCCCAGUCCACUUGUUCCCGCCGCCCCUACUUACGAUGGCCCCAAAUAUGGCCAGAAACUGGUAGUAUCCUUCGCCAUGGACCUCGCUGCUACUCCCAAUCGCUACCCUGACCGAGUAAAGGUAUCCCCUGCAAUCCCUGCAAGAAAUGAACAUGAAAUGCCUGAGGAAGUCGCUCAACUGCGCCAGAAGAAAUUCUCCAUCGACCUAGAACGCUUGAGUGUCCGGGAACAAUAAAUUGAGUGCUCAGUGUUCUUUUUUGUGAUAAGAAUUUGAAUUUUAUUUCAUAAAGAUUUCCUCUGUCAGCAAAAAUUCAUUUCAUUAAAUUGUUUGUUUCUAAAUUCCAUUAAA